AUGUUCCAGCGCCAGAAGAACUGGAUAUCUGAUAUUCUGUGGAAACCCAAAAAGGCUCAUUCCUUGGAGCAACUACGGUACGCUAUACGUUUUAGGCAUAGUCCUUCGAUGAGCUGUACUAGUACAGUACUUGAAAUCAUUAUUAUUAAAAUUUGCUUUCUAAACUUAAGACGUUUUCACUUCGACUGAGUACAUAAACACUGUGCUCUCCAUAUUUAGCAAUACUUAAUACUGUCUUCGGCUCUUUUUUAAGGAGAAAAGAUAAGCUUAAUGUUAGGCCCUCAAUCAGCUGAACAGCUGACUGACGGCUGAAUAUUAGUUAUAUAUUCCUUCUGCACUGUUCAUUUUCAACAUCUAUUCCCCUGUCGUUGAUUUUCUUCUUUCAUUUUUUGUGUGUUAGGUAUCUUCAUUAUAUUCUUACCAAGAACUCUACUGUUAACGAGACCAACAGAGGAUUACUCGUGGAAACUUUACGUUCAAUUGCAGAGAUUCUCAUUUGGGGAGACCAGAAUGAUAGCAGAGUAUUUGAGUAAGACUCUCACAAACUUUUUAGUACCUUUUAAAUAUACUUUUGGGAGUAACUGCAGAAUACCCUGCCACUUCAAAGCUGUAUCCCUGAAAGAGCUGCUUACUUUGAUAUGCAGUUAUCCCUCUUAUGCACUUUUCUACCUUCAGUGGCUUUAAGAAUGACAAUAGUGAUACUCUAUGCUUUUUAUGCUGUCUUAAGUGUAUAUCAAAGUGGAUAUGCAGAUACGCAGUGACUGUUAUUUAAAAGAUAUUUACUAAGUGGAUACGUGGAUAUGCUUAGUGACAAAGGGGAUACUCAGAUUCGUAGUGACUGAGUAUCUGUGUUUCUGCGUAUCCGCGUAUCCACCUAUUUUUAGGGGUUGCUUUAAAAUGCAGGGUAUUCAGCAGUUUAGCCUACUUUUGAGUGGUGGAUCCAGGGAAAGGCCUCCCCGUGCCUCCUUUUUUUUAAACCAAACUGAGGCCCAAAGGGCCGAAAAAAAUUGUUUUUGAGACUGGCCUCCCCCCCUUAACUGAAGGUCUGGAUGUGCCACUGCUUUUCAAUGCAAUACAUGUGUCGAAUGAAACAAUGAUGGCAACUUACAAUAGAUGAUAUUUCAUUCGAAACAUGUAUUGUAAAUUUUAACUGCUGAACCCCAUUAAUACUAGACUGCGAGGGAGUGUGAUAUGUCACUAUUGGAAGGGUGUUUUGCAGGUACCAGUACAAGUGAAAAGAGAGACUGCCUUGGUUUCAUUUGCACUGGCGUCUGCAAAACUCCCUGCUCGCGGCUUCGCUGCUUGAAUACUCACAUACGCACGGUAUCACACUCCCUCACUGAUUUUCAAGAAAAAGAGAGACUGCUCGUGGUCUACAUUAAUACCCAUAAUGACAGUUAACUACAUGUAAGAUGUUGUUAAUUAGCAAUAUGCUAUGAACAUGAGCCUAUGAGAACAUGUAAAAGUUGGUCAUUGUUUGUUCAUUUAUACUUUAUAGUAGAAUUGGCAUUUUAGGAGGCUUUUAGACAUCUUGAUAAGGGUGUCGCUAUUAAGUGGAUUAGAUUAAAGCAUAAUGUUAGAGCUAUUUCUAGGUCAAAGAAAAAGGGUGGUAUGACUGUACUUUUAUGACUAAUGCAUAAACAAGAACCAGAUGUUAAAUAUAGGAUGCAUACAUUUGUAUAUAAUUUAAGAGUCAAAGCAUGUACAGUGUAUGCAUAUUGAACUGAUGUCUGGGAACCUGUGUGUGAAUUUUCCUAGGAAAUUAAUCGACUUUCACCAUAUUGAGUUUAUUUUGUUGUUAUCCUGGUACUUUUGUGGUGUUUUUGUGGUUACUGGUAUUCUGAUAUUGUCACUAAAUAACCCAUAGUUUCCAAAGAACAUGUACAGGUAUACUUAUGGGAAAACAUUACUUUUUGGGAAUGGUAGAUGAAAAUUUUAACAACAAAAAGCAUUGAGAAGUGCUGUCCUUCUGGAAAAUGAUGUCCAACCUUAACAAGUGCCCAGUUCAAGUAAAGAAAUGCAUGUUCCAUACUUAUAGGUUUCAUUUAACUUAUUGAUGUACAUAACAGGUUUAGCUAUCAAAUUAUUUGUGUAUGGCUUUUUCUGUGUUUAAUAAUAAUAAUUAUCAUUAAUUAUUAUAGCUUCUUUUUGGAGAAGAGCAUGCUGCUUUAUUUCUUGAAGAUGAUGAAUCAGAAAUCCAAUCAGAUUUGUGUUCAACUUCUCCAGACUCUUAGUAUCCUGUUUGAAAACAUCAGAAAUGAGACAUCAUUAUGUGAGUUGAGUUAAUGAGAAUAAUAUUACUGUCAACUCUCUCAUAGCGACCACUUCUCGUAUUUAGCGACCACCCCCCAUAAGUGACUACUUUGAAGAUAACCAUUUUGUUCCUCACUCAAAUACUGUUUUGCAAACUCUCUCGCAAGCGAAAACUAAUUAAAUUUCAUAAGUGACGAAGACCACUUUUUAAUACAGAAAUUCAACAUACUCUUAUGUUUUCUGUUUCACAUAGGUGACUUGCCAGCAUGAUCACACAUGAUUGUAAGAAAACCGUUGGUCAAAUGUCAGAAAAGUUCAGUUUUUAAAAGCGCUGCAUUUGACUUACAAAAAAAGAUGGUUGUAAUACGAUCUGUAGUUAAAAAUGUGGAUUGUAACAUUGAUGCAAAAUGUUAUGUACAACAGUUUUCAACAGUUCCAAGUGCUAUUCAAUGUGAAACAUUGUUGCCAGUUGGCUGUUUGCUCAAGUUUUAGCUUGUUAAGUAAUGAUUUUAUUUAAUCACGUUAAUCAGUUCAGUUUCAGCUUAUGUUUUUGAUUUUUCCCGUAGAUGACCACUUCCCAUAAGCUAUCACUUUGUCGUGCACCAACAGGGGUUGCUUACAAGAGAGUUGACUGUAUUCCUAAAUGUUUGUAGAAUCCCAUUUCGAAGUCCAUCAUUCUUCUUUGUUAUAGAGUGCUUUCUCACUUGACCCUUGGUUAUGUUGUAGAUGAGAUCUGUUCUAAGGUAGGCUCGGAUAAAUUCUGCCGGCAAAAUUUUGAGCAGAAUAAGCGAUUUUUGACGCGAGCAUUCUGUGGGGAGAAUAAGGCAUUUUCAAGCAGAAAAUGAGCAGACAAAGGGAAUAUCAGCGGCAAUAGUGAUAUGCAUAACAGUAAUUGUAAAAAAAAAAAAAAUUAAAACUAAAUAAAAAACAACCAGAAAAUACCUUGUGAUUAAUUUGAUUAUUUAAUAGCUACAACACACUCACAUUAAAAGUAAGAUGAAUUAAAAUUUUGCUAUGCAUAAUGAAUACAUGUAUCUGAUUAGUUUUUAGGGAGUAGGCCCAGGAUCCCUUCUAUAAUUCAGAAAAUAAAUACGGCCUGAAGGGCCGAAAAUUCGAGCAUUUGAGCAUUCGAGUACAAUAAGGGUGUCCAAGCAGAAUUUUGAGCAGAAUAAGUGAUUUUUAUGAGCACUGCUGGCAGGCAGAAUAAACCAUUUUAUGAGCAGAAUUUAUCCAAGCCUAUUCUCAGGUCAAACCAGAAUUUCCUUUGUCUUCUGUGAAUAAUUAGGGCUGGAAAAAUAAGGAAAUUCUGAAUCAAACGAUGUUGAUUACAGUCUUAACUGUUAGAUUGGAUUUUACCUAUACAACAAUAAUAGUUUAUCAGAAAAAAGCAAUAAAUUGUAAUAUUAUUCAUUGGUUCUAAGGUAAGUUAACAAACUGUAGCUAGUUUUGAUUCUUGACUUGAUUCUUUGAUACAUGAUUCUUGCAAGGAACGAGUUUCAAGAAUUGAGAAUCUAUGGUCAAGAAUCAAGUUUAGGAUUUAGACUCACAGAACAGCAAACAAUAAUUCUGUACUUUGAUAAAUGAAAUUGAGAAAUGAAACAUGAUUCUUGUCUUGCUUUAUUAGUUUGUGAUCAUGUGGGAAUCCUGGAAAAUAUGACACUCAAAAUUAGCCUUUCUUGUGACCAAUUUUUGCUUGAUACAAUAAUUAUUAUUAUUUUGUUUUGAGCAAAAAUUGAUCAGGGGAAGUAAUUUAACUUCAGGGCUGACCCUAAGGGCUCCCCUGGCUAUCAUAAGCAUGACCCUGUUCACUUUCAAAGGGGAUAAAAGAAACGUAUAACCAAGAGAACUUUGUAGCUGUUCAAUUCCUGCUUACUUAAUGUAUGUGCCAAGCAAAUUGAUAUCUUAGCAAUUUAAAUCUUCUUCCUGAAACUUUAUUUUACCUUUAAUAUUGGUGUCAGUGUUGACCGCGAGCUAAGUUACACAGUGAGUCAGGAAUAGAUUCUAUGCUCGUAAAAUCAAGAAUUAUGCAUUAAUAAUUAGGUGAAGGUCACAUCAAAAUCUAGCCAUUUAUAUUUUUUUUCUGCAGACUAUCUACUAUCAAACAACCAUGUGAACUCUAUUAUCAUCCAUAAGUUUGACUUCUCUGAUGAAGAGGUACGUACGUACCUGUAAUGUGUAGUACAGAAUAAAGGAAAUUAUGCGAAGUUCAUAAGUAAAGUUUUUCUUCAGACUGUGCCAUUUGUUGUUCAGGUUUGGGUCUUCAUAAUCAAUAUUUUCAACUGUUAUUAAUGUGUUCUGUAGAGUAUGUGAAUACCUCUGAGUUAUUUUCUUGGAGUGUAUAACAGUCAUGGCCUUUCUGUGCUUUAUGCACAGUCAUAUGAAAGUCAUUUUUUUUAUUUGCACACAACUUACCUUUAUAAUUAUACUGUGUGUUAACAGUACUUUUGUACCAUUUCUUCAGGUGUUAGCAUACUACAUUUCAUUUCUCAAGACACUGUCUCUUAAACUUAACAGACAUACUGUACACUUUUUCUUCAAUGAGGUGAGUUAAUAGUUCAGGAGACCACAUUUUGGUUUACUAAUCACAACGUGAAUGAAAAGAAGGUAAUGUGUUGUAAGACAUUUCUGUUGGUGUUUGUGUCUGGAGAAGCAUAACAAUUGGCUAUAAACUCAUCUGGAACUUAUGAGAAACACUGCAUUUGGAUGCCAAAUACUCUAGUUUAAUUCUAGCUUUUUAAUCUGACUACAAUAAUAUUGAUGCAUAGUCUACAUGUACAUGUCCCCGUCACUCAUAAAUAUAUGGACCAUGCCAUUAAUAUACUGUAUGUAGGCACUCAACCAGUGGUUUCUUUGUUGUUUUUAGCACAAGAAUGAUUUCCCUUUGUACACUGAGGCCAUCAAGUUCUUUAAUCACUCUGAGAGCAUGGUUAGAAUAGCAGUCCGAACUCUUACUCUCAAUGUCUAUAGAGGUAAUAUAACAGUCAGCUUAUUUCACAAAAAAAGAACCAAAAUUGUAUUGUUGUGAAGCAAUAAUAUUAUUUUCUUGUAUUGUUGGUUUAAUAUGGCCUAGAAGUUUUGCUCACAUUUCUCUGGACAGAAACAAAAAAAGACUUCAUCAUAGCAGAUUUAUAUUUCUCUAAUGUUGAACAGGUUAAAUAAAUGCAGUAGCAAUCUCUAGCGGCAUAGUGAAAAAUACUGAAUUAUUUUGUUUUUCAGUUGGAGAUAAAAACAUGUUAAAUUUUAUCCGUGACAAGACCGCAGAUCCGUACUUUUGGAACCUGGUGUGGUUUAUUGGCAAUCAUGCCAUUGAACUUGACAACUGUGUACUUAAGGAGUCUCAGUAAGUUUAACCAUCAGGUCACUGCCUUUUUUAAUGGAAUUCAAGGUACUGUGGCAACUUCAAGAUUUUUGCCACAUACUCUUUAUGAUGGAAGAAGCAUAAGGUGGGAGGGCGAGAGCCUGAAAUUGCCUUCAGUGGUUGACUGCCAAACUGCCUACUUUUUCAUUCAUGCUAUCUACUUUAAAACUUAAUGAGAACCUUAAAAGGUGUGUAUUGAAAAAAGUGUGAUUGAGGGAUGUUUUCAAACCAGGAAUAUGUGUAUUGUAGUGUAAGUUUGUGACCAAAAAUCUAAUAAUAAACUGUCUUAUUUCCUUUUAGCCAUCUUAAAUGUGACAGACUGAAGGACUUAGUUGCGGAGCAUUUAGAUCAUCUUCAUUACCUCCAUGAUAUUCUGUGUCUCAAUAUUCAAGAUGUAAAUGACAUUUUAACUGGUCAUUUAAUCAACCGCUUGCUGAUUCCUCUGUAUAUUUAUUCCUUGGUGAGAAAAAGACCAGGCAUGGAGCAGGUGAGUAAAAAUAUGUCAUUUCAAGUGGAAUUAUAAGUGAUAUGAACAGAUAAGCUGCACUUGCGGGGCAGUCACAAAAGCCGGGGACCAGGAAUUUCCCCCUGGCUGCUAUGAGUGUGACGCUCUGCUAAUUUAACCCAUUCGCUCCUGGAGAUUUUGCCGAAAAACGCGUUUUGAAGCUGGUCGAGUGGUUUUCUGGUCACUGUCGUGCUAUAAAGAGCUAAAACUUACCACAAACCGGUUUACAGGUCGUACACUUGGCGGCCUUCUGAUCCAGAUGCAAAAUAUCAGCUUGCGAAGUUCGGGCAUGCGCAGAAAGCAAAAUUUCGACAUAGUUUUUGGGUUUAAAAGUGACACAGCAGUCUUGACUUUUACUUUUCGCUUUCUCUCCUCCCUUCUUUUUUCGCUUUUCUUGCCUAAUUUUUUUUUUCUCUUGCUGGGCAUUUAGUAGGCUUCAUUUUGGUGGGAAGAGUUUUUAGGAAAGCGUUUAGGAUCUUAGGAUUAGGUGAAAGGAAAGGUAGGUGGGUAAUGGAACAAGAUUUUCAUGGAGAUUUUCAGGUCCUUGUCACGUGGUUUUUUGCUUCUUUCUCCGGUGUCCUUGACUGAAUUGUGCUCAUUCUGGUAUGGUUUGAAAGAUCUCUUCACUCUGCACAAGUUAGCGAAGAAAGUUGUCCUUGACCGUUAAACCUGAUGACGUCACAAAGGGUAGAAAAGACCUGGAUCCGCACGGGUGGUUACGGGUGGUUCAGGGGCGAAUGGGUUAAUCAAAAAACCUAAAAAUGGCCUUUUACCAACUUUUUCACCUGAUUUUACAUGAAAUAGACAGAUUUGGUUGUUUUAUGCUGAAAAGUGGAUUUUUUCAAAAAGCUUGGUACUCUGCUUAACCCAUUCGCUCCUGGAGAUUUUUGCCGAAAAACGCGUUUUGAAGCUGGUCGAGUGGUUUUCUGGUCACUGUCGUGCUUUAAAGAGCUAAAACUUACCACAAACGGUUUACAGGUCGUACACUUGGCGGCCUUCUGAUCCAGAUGCAAAAUAUCAGCUUGCGAAGUUCAGGCAUCGCAGAAAGCAAAAAUUCGACAUAGUUUUGGGUUUAAAAGUGACACAGCAGUCUUGACUUUUUACUUUUCGCUUUCUCUCCUCCCUUCUUUUUUCGCUUUUCUUGCCUAAUUUUUUUUUCUCUUGCUGGGCAUUUAGUAGGCUUCAUUUUGGUGGGAAGAGUUUUUAGGAAAACUUUUAGGAUCUUAGGAUUAGGUGAAAGGAAAGGUAGGUGGGUAAUGGAACAAGAUUUUCAUGGAGAUUUUCAGGUCCUUGUCACGUGGUUUUUUGCUUCUUUCUCCGGUGUCCUUGACUGAAUUGUGCUCAUUCUGGUAUGGUUUGAAAGAUCUCUUCACUCUGCACAAGUUAGCGAAGAAAGUUGUCCUUGACCGUUAAACCUGAUGACGUCACAAAGGGUAGAACAACCUGGAUCCGCACGGGUGGUUACGGGUGGUUCAGGGGCGAAUGGGUUAAUCAAAUAACCUAAAAAUGGCCUUUUACCAACUUUUUCACCUGAUUUUACAUGAAAUAGACAGAUUUGGUUGUUUUAUGCUGAAAAGUGGAUUUUUUUCAAAAAGCUUGGUACUCUGCUUAACCCAUUCGCUCCUGGAGAUUUUGUUAAAAACGCGCGUUUUGAAGCUGGUCGAGUGGUUUUCUGGUCACUGUCGUGCUUUAAAGAGCUAAAACUUACCACAAACCGGUUUACAGGUCGUACACUUGGCGGCCUUCUGAUCCAGAUGCAAAAUAUCAGCUUGCGAAGUUCAGGCAUGCGCAGAAAGCAAAAUUCGACAUAGUUUUUGGGUUUAAAAGUGACACAGCAGUCUUGACUUUUACUUUUCGCUUUUCUCCUCCCUUCUUUUUUUCGCUUUUCUUGCCUCAUUUUUUUUUUUUUUUCUCUUGCUGGGCAUUUAGUAGGCUUCAUUUUGGUGGGAAGAGUUUUUAGGAAAACUUUUAGGAUCUUAGGAUUAGGUGAAAGGAAAGGUAGGUGGGUAAUGGAACAAGAUUUUCAUGGAGAUUUUCAGGUCCUUGUCACGUGGUUUUUGCUUCUUUCUCCGGUGUCCUUGACUGAAUUGUGCUCAUUCUGGUAUGGUUUGAAAGAUCUCUUCACUCUGCACAAGUUAGCGAAGAAAGUUGUCCUUGACCGUUAAACCUGAUGACGCGUCACAAAGGGUAGAAAAAGACCUGGAUCCGCACGGGUGGUUACGGGUGGUUCAGGGGCGAAUGGGUUAAUCAAAUAACCUAAAAAUGGCCUUUUACCAACUUUUUCACCUGAUUUUACAUGAAAUAGACAGAUUUGGUUGUUUUAUGCUGAAAAGUGGAUUUUUUUCAAAAAGCUUGGUACUCUGCUUAACCCAUUCGUUCCUGGAGAUUUUGCCGAAAAACGCGUUUUGAAGCUGGUCGAGUGGUUUUCUGGUCACUGUCGUGCUUUAAAGAGCUAAAACUUACCACAAACCGGUUUACAGGUCGUACACUUGGCGGCCUUCUGAUCCAGAUGCAAAAUAUCAGCUUGCGAAGUUCAGGCAUGCGCAGAAAGCAAAAUUUCGACAUAGUUUUUGGGUUUAAAAGUGACACAGCAGUCUUGACUUUUACUUUUCGCUUUCUCUCCUCCCUUCUUUUUUCGCUUUUCUUGCCUCAUUUUUUUUUUCUCUUGCUGGGCAUUUAGUAGGCUUCAUUUUGGUGGGAAGAGUUUUUAGGAAAACUUUUAGGAUCUUAGGAUUAGGUGAAAGGAAAGGUAGGUGGGUAAUGGAACAAGAUUUUCAUGGAGAUUUUCAGGUCCUUGUCACGUGGUUUUUUGCUUCUUUCUCCGGUGUCCUUGACUGAAUUGUGCUCAUUCUGGUAUGGUUUGAAAGAUCUCUUCACUCUGCACAAGUUAGCGAAGAAAGUUGUCCUUGACCGUUAAACCUGAUGACGUCACAAAGGGUAGAAAAGACCUGGAUCCGCACGGGUGGUUACGGGUGGUUCAGGGGCGAAUGGGUUAAUCAAAUAACCUAAAAAUGGCCUUUUACCAACUUUUUCACCUGAUUUUACAUGAAAUAGACAGAUUUGGUUGUUUUAUGCUGAAAAGUGGAUUUUUUCAAAAGCUUGGUACUCUGCUUAACCCAUUAAGCUCCUGGAGAUUUUGCGAAAAAGCGUUUUGAAGCUGGUCGAGUGGUUUUCUGGUCACUGUCGUGCUUUAAAGAGCUAAAACUUACCACAAACCGGUUUACAGGUCGUACACUUGGCGGCCUUCUGAUCCAGAUGCAAAAUAUCAGCUUGCGGUUCGGGCAUCGCAGAAAGCAAAAUUUCGACAUAGUUUUUGGGUUUAAAAGUGACACAGCAGUCUUGACUUUUACUUUUCGCUUUCUCUCCUCCCUUCUUUUUUUCGCUUUUCUUGCCUAAUUUUUUUUCUUCUUGCUGGGCAUUUAGUAGGCUUCAUUUUGGUGGGAAGAGUUUUUAGGAAAGCUUUUAGGAUCUUAGGAUUAGGUGAAAGGAAAGGUAGGUGGGUAAUGGAACAAGAUUUUCAUGGAGAUUUUCAGGUCCUUGUCACGUGGUUUUUUGCUUCUUUCUCCGGUGUCCUUGACUGAAUUGUGCUCAUUCUGGUAUGGUUUGAAAGAUCUCUUCACUCUGCACAAGUUAGCGAAGAAAGUUGUCCUUGACCGUUAAACCUGAUGGCGUCACAAAGGGUAGAACAACCUGGAUCCCGCGGGUGGUUACGGGUGGUUCAGGGGCGAAUGGGUUAAUCAAAUAACCUAAAAAUGGCCUUUUACCAACUUUUUCACCUGAUUUUACAUGAAAUAGACAGAUUUGGUUGUUUUAUGCUGAAAAGUGGAUUUUUUCAAAAGCUUGGUACUCUGCUUAACCCAUUCGCUCCUGGAGAUUUUUGCCGAAAAACGCGUUUUGAAGCUGGUCGAGUGGUUUUCUGGUCACUGUCGUGCUUUUUAAAGAGCUAAAACUUACCACAAACCGGUUUACAGGUCGUACACUUGGCGGCCUUCUGAUCCAGAUGCAAAAUAUCAGCUUGCGGGUUCAGGCAUGCGCAGAAAGCAAAAAUUUCGACAUAGUUUUUGGGUUUUAAAGUGACACAGCAGUCUUGACUUUUACUUUUCGCUUUCUCUCCUCCCUUCUUUUUUCGCUUUUCUUGCCUCUUUUUUUUUUUUUCUCUUGCUGGGCAUUUAGUAGGCUUCAUUUUGGUGGGAAGAGUUUUUAGGAAACUUUUAGGAUCUUAGGAUUAGGUGAAAGGAAAGGUAGGUGGGUAAUGGAACAACAUUUUCAUGGAGAUUUUCAGGUCCUUGUCACGUGGUUUUUUGCUUCUUUCUCCGGUGUCCUUGACUGAAUUGUGCUCAUUCUGGUAUGGUUUGAAAGAUCUCUUCACUCUGCACAAGUUAGCGAAGAAAGUUGUCCUUGACCGUUAAACCUGAUGGCGUCACAAAGGGUAGAAAAGACCUGGAUCCGCACGGGUGGUUACGGGUGGUUCAGGGGCGAAUGGGUUAAUCAAAUAACCUAAAAUGGCCUUUUACCAACUUUUUCAACUGAUUUUACAUGAAAUAGACAGAUUUGGUUGUUUUAUGCUGAAAAGUGGAUUUUUUCAAAAAGCUUGGUACUCUGCUUAACCCAUUCGUUCCUGGAGAUUUUGCCGAAAAACGCGUUUUGAAGCUGGUCGAGUGGUUUUCUGGUCACUGUCGUGGUUUUAAAGAGCUAAAACUUACCACAAACCGGUUUACAGGUCGUACACUUGGCGGCCUUCUGAUCCAGAUGCAAAAUAUCAGCUUUGCGGUUCGGGCAUCGCAGAAAGCAAAAUUUCGACAUAGUUUUUGGGUUUAAAAGUGACACAGCAGUCUUGACUUUUACUUUUCGCUUUCUCUCCUCCCUUUUUUUUCGCUUUUCUUGCCUUUUUUUUUUUUUUCUCUUGCUGGGCAUUUAGUAGGCUUCAUUUUGGUGGGAAGAGUUUUUAGGAAAACUUUUAGGAUCUUAGGAUUAGGUGAAAGGAAAGGUAGGUGGGUAAUGGAACAAGAUUUUCAUGGAGAUUUUCAGGUCCUUGUCACGUGGUUUUUUGCUUCUUUCUCCGGUGUCCUUGACUGAAUUGUGCUCAUUCUGGUAUGGUUUGAAAGAUCUCUUCACUCUGCACAAGUUAGCGAAGAAAGUUGUCCUUGACCGUUAAACCUGAUGACGUCACAAAGGGUAGAAAAGACCUGGAUCCGCACGGGUGGUUACGGGUGGUUCAGGGGCGAAUGGGUUAAUCAAAUAACCUAAAAAUGGCCUUUUACCAACUUUUUCACCUGAUUUUACAUGAAAUAGACAGAUUUGGUUGUUUUAUGCUGAAAAGUGGAUUUUUUUCAAAAAGCUUGGUACUCUGCUUAACCCAUUCGCUCCUGGAGAUUUUGCCGAAAAACGCGUUUUGAAGCUGGUCGAGUGGUUUUCUGGUCACUGUCGUGCUUUAAAGAGCUAAAACUUACCACAAACCGGUUUACAGGUCGUACACUUGGCGGCCUUCUGAUCCAGAUGCAAAAUAUCAGCUUGCGAAGUUCGGGCAUGCGCAGAAAGCAAAAUUUCGACAUAGUUUUUGGGUUUAAAAGUGACACAGCAGUCUUGACUUUUACUUUUUCGCUUUUUCUCUCCUCCCUUCUUUUUUUCGCUUUUCUUGCCUCAUUUUUUUUUUUUCUCUUGCUGGGCAUUUAGUAGGCUUCAUUUUGGUGGGAAGAGUUUUUAGGAAAACUUUUAGGAUCUUAGGAUUAGGUGAAAGGAAAGGUAGGUGGGUAAUGGAACAAGAUUUUCAUGGAGAUUUUCAGGUCCUUGUCACGUGGUUUUUGCUUCUUUCUCCGGUGUCCUUGACUGAAUUGUGCUCAUUCUGGUAUGGUUUGAAAGAUCUCUUCACUCUGCACAAGUUAGCGAAGAAAGUUGUCCUUGACCGUUAAACCUGAUGGCGUCACAAAGGGUAGAAAAGACCUGGAUCCGCACGGGUGGUUACGGGUGGUUCAGGGGCGAAUGGGUUAAUCAAAUAACCUAAAAAUGGCCUUUUACCAACUUUUUCACCUGAUUUUACAUGAAAUAGACAGAUUUGGUUGUUUUAUGCUGAAAAGUGGAUUUUUUUCAAAAAGCUUGGUACUCUGCUUAACCCAUUCGUUCCUGGAGAUUUUGCCGAAAAAAAGCGUUUUGAAGCUGGUCGAGUGGUUUUCUGGUCACUGUCGUGCUUUAAAGAGCUAAAACUUACCACAAACCGGUUUACAGGUCGUACACUUGGCGGCCUUCUGAUCCAGAUGCAAAAUAUCAGCUUUGAAGUUCAGGCAUGCGCAGAAAGCAAAAUUUCGACAUAGUUUUUGGGUUUAAAAGUGACACAGCAGUCUUGACUUUUACUUUUUCGCUUUCUCCUCCUCCCUUUUUUUCGCUUUUCUUGCCUCAUUUUUUUUUUUUUCUCUUGCUGGGCAUUUAGUAGGCUUCAUUUUGGUGGGAAGAGUUUUUAGGAAAACUUUUAGGAUCUUAGGAUUAGGUGAAAGGAAAGGUAGGUGGGUAAUGGAACAAGAUUUUCAUGGAGAUUUUCAGGUCCUUGUCACGUGGUUUUUUGCUUCUUUCUCCGGUGUCCUUGACUGAAUUGUGCUCAUUCUGGUAUGGUUUGAAAGAUCUCUUCACUCUGCACAAGUUAGCGAAGAAAGUUGUCCUUGACCGUUAAACCUGAUGACGUCACAAAGGGUAGAAAAGACCUGGAUCCGCACGGGUGGUUACGGGUGGUUCAGGGGCGAAUGGGUUAAUCAAAUAACCUAAAAAUGGCCUUUUACCAACUUUUUCACCUGAUUUUACAUGAAAUAGACAGAUUUGGUUGUUUUAUGCUGAAAAGUGGAUUUUUUUCAAAAAGCUUGGUACUCUGCUUAACCCAUUCGCUCCUGGAGAUUUUGCCGAAAAACGCGUUUUGAAGCUGGUCGAGUGGUUUUCUGGUCACUGUCGUGCUUUAAAGAGCUAAAACUUACCACAAACCGGUUUACAGGUCGUACACUUGGCGGCCUUCUGAUCCAGAUGCAAAAUAUCAGCUUAUGGUUCGGGCAUCGCAGAAAGCAAAAUUUCGACAUAGUUUUUGGGUUUAAAAGUGACACAGCAGUCUUGACUUUUACUUUUCGCUUUCUCUCCUCCCUUCUUUUUUCGCUUUUCUUGCCUAAUUUUUUUUUCUCUUGCUGGGCAUUUAGUAGGCUUCAUUUUGGUGGGAAGAGUUUUUAGGAAAGCUUUUAGGAUCUUAGGAUUAGGUGAAAGGAAAGGUAGGUGGGUAAUGGAACAAGAUUUUCAUGGAGAUUUUCAGGUCCUUGUCAUGUGGUUUUUUGCUUCUUUCUCCGGUGUCCUUGACUGAAUUGUGCUCAUUCUGGUAUGGUUUGAAAGAUCUCUUCACUCUGCACAAGUUAGCGAAGAAAGUUGUCCUUGACCGUUAAACCUGAUGACGUCACAAAGGGUAGAAAGGACCUGGAUCCGCACGGGCAGUUACGGGCGGUUCAGGGGCGAAUGGGUUAAGAGGAAACAAAAGGAAAAUAGAACAUAAAUUGGAUCAAUUUAGGUUUCUGGGAAAUUGCCACCUACCCCUCCCCUAAUCCAACAUUUUGUCCUAAGGGAGAAGUAAGUGUUAAUAAUGUUGACUUAGGGGAGGGGUAGGUGGGCAGUUUCCCAGAAACCUAAAUUAAUCCCAUAAAUUAACUUCCUAGUUGUUCAAUUCCCUGCCUACUAAUUAUUGUUUAUACCCCUCAACUUGAAAUCUUAUUGACAGCCCUGACUUGUAGGCAUUUGUUGUCUGAAAUUCAGAUUAUAUUUAUCUGAGAUUAUAAUGCUUUUUGCUUCAGUCAACAUGAGAUCAUGUGUCAUUCUUAGAAGUUUUUCAAAGCCGUAAUGGCUUAACAUUUACAUUGUACGUGCAUGUACACUAUACCAUCAUUCUUUAUUUCUGAAAAAUCAAUUUAGAUUGUAUUUUGUAGCUUAAUCUAAAUCAAUUAAAAUGUGUCAUCAUGCUUAAAUUAAGUCAUAAUAUUUAUUUGAAGGAUUUUUGUUUUCUGUUGGGUUGAUCAAUACGAAGUGUUUUCCUUUUACCAGAAUAUCAGGUGGUUACGUGACUGUAUUGUCUAUUGUUUUACCUUUCUACUCUUUUAAUCAGGUGUUUAUACUUACAUAUAUAUGUAUGAUGGUAGGAUCCCUAACUUUUAUGUACAUGAGGUAGAUACCAGUUCAAUGCUUGAGUGACUUCUUUUUUAGGAUACCCCUCGGUUGAGUGUUAUGGUCUCUCUAUUUCUUCUUUCACAAGUAGGUGCAUGUCCUUGCCGUAUUAAUGUUUUAGUCACAUAAGCCAUAAAAACAGCAGCAUUUCCAAAAUAAGAUGAAUAUUGUUAUUAAAGCUCUACAGCUUUGUUUAAGAAGUGGAAUUUAAUUUCUUGAUUUAAAACCAGACACUGAUUGGGGCAUCUCUGUGAUCCUCUAUAAAAUUGGUGUGUUCUGCUCUCUUCUAAUUAGAUUUCUACUUAACAUUGUAUAUUAUUUAUUGCAUCCCUUUGCUGACAGAUCCUUUUAAUCAUGUCGCACCCUCCACUAGUCUCAAGUCUGGUAGAUGUACUUCUUAACGGUGAUGAAGUUGCCGCAGGAGUUACCCCUGAAGAUUCUCCUUUACCCCUUAAAAAAGUGAGUGGUAAUUGUGGUUUUUGAAUCUUUAGCUCUCUUUAAGGCAGCUUUUUGCCUAGUAGCUUGGCAAGCAGCACCUUCUCCUAGCUUCCAGAGCAGAAGAAGAAAGAGGGUUGUUAUCUUGAAAAAUGGCAAAAUGUUUCCAAAAGUUCUUAAUUAACUCAAGAAAUUCCCUAAAUUUCUCCAUAUAUUAUAUGUUAUUUCUUACAGUUAAUAUUUUCAAGACGUACUUUGUUUUCUCUCUGUGUUUCCUAGGCCACAGUAGUUAUUGACUACAGGGCCAUUUAGUCUACGUGUAGCCCCACCCUCCCUCCACAGACAAAAUGUUUUCUCCAUGGAGGAGGGUACCGCUACAUGUAGGGCCAUUGGGAAUGUGUGGAUGGACUGUGUCACUGCUGGAUAGUUCUGUUCCUAGCUCAGAAAAAAAAUUUUUUACCAAAAUAACAUUUUUGAAUGAUUUUCCAUACAGUCACCAAACCUCUAAACAUCUCAAAAAAUUAAUAUCCAGAUGUGUGUAUCAAAGCUAAGAAGAGUUAAACCUGGCUUGCUCUUUACAGGCUUGUUCUUUAAGCAAUUCAACAGCAAGUGUGAGGACAUUUCAAAGACCUGAAGAAACUUUAGAGGAGUCCCUUCUUGCCCGUGGAGUGAAUGCAGAAGGAUAUACUUUCCUGGGGAAGGCUUCAUCUCUAGGAAUUCUGACAAGAGGGAGGUCAAUGCAUGUAGCAAACUCAAAGUUUUAUGUUAGAGGUACAACUUUAGUUUAUUUACACUGUGAACUCUGAAAUAUGAAGCAUUGUUUUAAGCUGUCUAUAAAGUAACAUAUGACUCAGCAAGUCAAAAGUAUUUCUGUGUAUGAAAAUUAUCUUGCAUUUCUCAGGUUGACAUACAUGUAGCAUUUUUAGUAUCCUUGGUAGGCCAGUCACACAUUCACUCAGUGUAAAGCAAAGAAUAUUUUAAUAAAAUAUUAAUCAAAUGUUAAUCAAAAAACAUAAAAGAUGAGACCUAAUGGAUUUAUGGGUAUAAGAAUAGUUUAUUAGCAUUCUAAUUCAAAAAUCUUUUCAUUGCAAGCUCAUGCGGAUGCAUUCCAACAAGGUUAAAACUUGCAUCUUGAGGGUUUGUUGUACAGCUGUAUGCUUGGAAUGAAAUUUGUCUUCUAUGCUUUUUUUGCUGAAGUUGAAUCUUUGAUCUUAGUUUAUUCAUUCUGUUACACCAGUUGACAGUAAUAUAGUUAGAAUAAUUAUAAUCAGAAAGAGAUGAGAGUGUUGUCACUAAAAUUUGCUAGGAUUUGUGCUUUUCCCACCUGAUCAGUUUUCUGCGAUUUCCAUCUUAAAUCAGGUAACAGAGAUGGAGCAAUCACUGAAAAGAGAAGUGCCACUAGAAAAGAAGGUACUACACUUGACAUAAAUUAAUUCCUUAAUACUAACUUGCAGCCCUCUACUUUCUUGUGGUCUUGUUACUUUUCAAUAAAAUAAAAAUGCAGUUUAAUAUUAUACAGUCAUGAUAUUUUAAGGUUCCUCUUCUCUGAUUGCAGUGUGUUAGGUAACUCAGGUACUGGUAACCAAAUAGUUUUUAUUGUGGCCCACUUAUCAGGACAGAAACAAACAUUUUGGAAGUAAACGUAACAAGAUUAAGAAUCCCAACAGGCAAGAGGUAAGGGUUCAAGCUACUCAUCAGGCAGGCAAAAUUUUAGAGCUGCUUCCCUUAAGUAUGUGCUUGACGUCAAAGUUUUUUUUACCCCCACGGUUAGGGCAGGGAUUCAAUUUGUUGACUCUGGAUUACUUCCAAUGCUCUAACUGCUUAGUCACGCUGUCUCCUUGUUUUUCAGCCUCUGACCUCAGUCCUGUUCAGGUUCCUUUGAUACAGACACCCUUAGGUCAGAGUGAUAGUGGCGAGUCUGAUACAGAUUCAUCCUCUAGUGUGUCCACACCCACUGCCACCACAGGUGAGACAACCAAGGAGGAGACUACAGCAGAGAGAAGACCAGUACAUGGUAUGUAUUAUAGGUGUAGAGUACCCUGGCUGGGAACAGAGCCUCCUCCUUUUGUCUUCUCUUUGAUCAAGAAGGAGAAAAGAAGGUUCUGCCUGAAUCGUGUAAGGCCUCUGAAGUUGCCGCAGCCUGAAUUUCUGCUCUAGUUAAUGUUGUUUGCUCUCAUUAAACUGGUUUUUUAAGUGGGAGCAUCCAUUCAUUUAUUGAUAAACCAAUGGUCAUAACUGAGCUAUGAGGCCUAGGAUCGAAAUUGUAUCCUGGCUAGCAACAUGCAGUACAGUCUCAACAGAACUCUUACUCCAUUCAUGCAUAGUUUUUCUUGAAUACACCAAGUGAAAGAAAAGCUCUGGUGACAGUAGAGUGGCUUGUGGAUUUGAGGGUACAUGAUCAUACUGAGCCGCUUACCAAUGCAUAUUAUUAGCUUUUUAACCCUGUAAGCCCCAUUAGUGACCAACAUUAAUUUUCUCCCAACAAUAUCCACAAGAAAAGGUUGUGAGAAUUCAUGAAUUGCUCACUAUAAGGAGAAUGCUUUGAUCUUUUAACAAAUUCUUUCAACUAAUUUUUAGGGAAAUAUAUGGAGAGCAGUCUGGAGAAUUUGGUUGUUGAUAUUGGGGCUGAAAGUGUUAACACCAAUAAACUAAAAAUCCAUUAUCUUGCAACAUACCAUAAUAAUGCAUUACAUGUAAUUUCUGCGCACAUUGUAUUGUGCAUAUCAAUAUACAUCUUUACUUAAGCUCAUUACAAGCUGUUAUUGUAUUCUUACAAUAUUCCUCUCUUGUCCUUUUUUUAGCACAAGAGGCAGUGGUAGAAGAGGAAAACAGUGAAACUGAUAACAUUAAGGUAUUGUAGAUAGCAAUAAAUUUCUUAGAUGGAGAGUUGCAUGGGAAACGGCUGUUCAUGUAACAUAAUUGGCUACAAUACGGUUUAGUCAACAUUGUUAAUGCUACAUUUGAUCUUUUUAAAAGAACAAUAUCUCAUUGCAAUGAAUUUCAUUUCAGAGUGUAAUUAAACGACCCAAAGAAUUUCAGCCCGACAGGUAUUUCUUUAAAUUUAUUUAAUAUCUGUGGAGCAUUUUUUUCCAGCUGUUUUACCAAACUAGGAAAAGUGUUAGAACAAAAUUUUGGGAGCAGUUAUUGGUACUUAUGUCUGUUGAUACAGCAGGAUGAUAUGUUUGAUUAUAUCAUGGCUGGGUUCAUCAAUGGGCUUGAUUAAGUGAAUCUUGUGUUUUGAUUGGCCACCCCAGUGGGCAAGAUACAACGUCUAAUCUUUCCCUCUUUAAAAAGAUCUCUCGCCUUGUUUCCUCGCUCUUUUAAUGUAUGGUGCGUUUUUUAUUGGCCUCGACUUUGUCUCAGUCAAGAAAAAAAUCAAGAAAGAACUUGGCCAAUAUCCAGCCGCCUUGAAAUCACCCUUGGUCAAUAACUCACACUGUACAGUCAUAUCUGAACGUUGUGGACAGUCCUGACACCAAUCACGUGAUCAACAAAUUACUAAAGCUUGAUUUUAUAGCAACCCAUUGUGUUCAGUUCUGUUGAUACUUAUUCUCAUCAUCUUUUUACGCUGUAUUUUUUUGUUAUUAUUUUUUUUUUUGGCAUCUUCUAUUCCGAUACUGUACUUGACAUUCCUCAGGAUUAAGAGGGAGAAAGAAAAGUUAAUUAUUGCAACGAAACGUAAAUACUUACAGGUUGCCCACAGAAAUACUUUCACAUUCACACGCAUGACCAUGUUGAUUUUGUUUUUUCAUGUUUAGUAUGUUUCUUGAAGCGAUCCAUGAAAGUCUUGAUUGUAGCGACAAUGAUGAAGAGGCACUGUUUGCUAUUUGCCUGCUGUGUGCAGCAAUUGGCAACAAAGGUAGGUAGUACGGACUGGUGCAUGGCAACUCCAGGUGUGCUUUUCUGAUCAAAAACAUAGAUACUAAAUAUCGUUUGGUGCUUAUCUGCUUGUACUCUCGUUCAGGUUCUUGUUAAGUUAAUAGCUGUUUGUUUUAUAAUUCUAGGUGUGGACAAAAAAUUGCUUGAAACAUCAGGAAUCUCGUCGGCGCAGGUAAGCGUUAGUGUUGCAUAACUGUAAGUUUCCAAGUGUAUACUGUCAUCUUGUACUUGUUGUUAAGGUGGAUAGUUCUUUCGCUUGUGUAAACUAGUUUUCCAAUGUUAUAGAUGCGGGUACGAUGAUAGUUUUCUCCGGAAAUUUGGCCUCUUCUGCCCUGAUCGCCUUUUUGCAAGAGAUAUUUACCGUGGGACGUUUCCAUGGAAACGUUAAAAGGGCAUUAAGGAGUCUAUCGAGGUUACCAAGAUGUUUACGCUGGAUUCUUUGAUUCCUACAAUAACUCGGCCAAUCAGUAGAGUGUAAUGAAAUUUCCCACGUAAAAAAAGCACUGCACGCGUCGUCGAAACGCGGGAAACAGGCUUGAGUGUGACCACUUUACCUCUGUAGGUAAACCACAACGAUAAGUGUACCGCGAGAGGAACAUCGCACAAAAUUACUGUGUCCACUGUGCCUGCAUUCUCGGUUAUCAUGUUAACACUUAUCUGUGUGGUAUUAAUUAAUUUUAUCCAGAAGGCUUUGUCCCCUUUGAACAACCGCGCGCAAAAGACUAGCCUGUUCCAGGGUCUCGGAUAGUACUGACGGAUAACGCGUUACUUAAAGACACGCGAAAACAAGAGCGCGUGAUUUGGCAAAAGUCCUCUCCCCAGUUUCGGCCUCCCGUCUUAUUUUGGUGUUUGCGACACCAAAAUAAAACGGAGCCUGGAACAGGCGACAAAAGACUGGAUCACCCUUCGAACUACAUAAAAGUGAAAACGUUCGGUCAUCAAUGUUUAAGUUUUUUGAGAAGUUGUCAUCAGUAGAUGACCAAAGAAGACAUAGACAUACUCCGAGUCUGUUUGAGUCCAAGCCAUAAAAACGAAUUAAGAUUUGAGUUUUUAGUGUGUAAAACUAUCGCGAACACCCAGUAUUAAUCGUAUCUAACUCAUAAUUUGUUAGACAAAGAUUCCGUACGGUGAGAAACUUGUGGAAAAGCUGAUCAGAGUCCUGGAACUUGGAUAUCGGAAUGGUGAGUACGAUGCUAUCUGGUACUAACAUUAUUGAGCUUACGCAACAGGACGGGAGAGGAAAGAAGACGGCAAACCUUGUGUGACAAUCGUGACAAUAAUUUUGUUUGGAAAGCUUUUCCGCCGAACUUCACCCUCCUUUAAACAGGUCUUUUUGUAAAAGACCAGAAAAACAUUAACUUAAGUGAAGAUCACCACAAAACACAUAAGUAAUAGGCCUGUCGAGGCCUGUCACUUUUGUCGCACACGAGCGUUUUGCCGUCCUCUUCUGUCUGCCGCCCUGUUGCGUAAACUUGCUAUUAUUGAUUUAUUUUUUUUUGUCGCAAUCAGACAGAACUGAUUUUAUUUUGUGCUGACGAAGAUAAAGGGAGAAAUUGUAAAGUUGAUGAAAGAUGUUGAGUAGAGACAAGAGAUCAUAAUAGGUCCUAUUAUGGCUCUUGGUAGAGAACUGUCCAUAAAUCAUGAAGCCCAGGUUUACACAAGAGGAGAUCUUUUCGGAUUCAUAAUGUUUCCGGAUUCGUCAGCUAAUCCGAGAACAUUCAUUCGGGUACAGUGUAUUCACUUAAGAUUCCGGAUUGAAGAUCCCCGGAAAUAUAACCAAACUGGAAAGUUAUUACCGGUAUUUUGGAUUUAACGGAAUGUAUUUGCGAGUAAACGGCAAAACGAAUCCGAUACCAAAAUGAUGCGGUUCUCUAGUGUGAACUUAGCCGCUGAGGGAAGUACGCUUUUGGAAGAAACAUCUCGGUAUCUGCCAACGUAUCACAGGAUAUAGCGUACUUAUGCACAAUUUUGUUUUUCGGAGGUAAAAGGACUUACCAUGCGAGAAAAAAAGCUAAAUGUAACCGUAAAUUUUGUUUACAAUAAUGAAGAAUAAUGAGAAGAACAAAGUUCAAGUGCUUAAAGCUUUAAUUUUUUUGUAUUGUGUUCAAUCGUAACUGUAUGUAGUCACCUGCACUUACUUUGCGUUGACUCUAAAAACCAAACACUGUAGCUUUGUGGAAAAUACCCAUAUUUUGGGGGUAUUUUGUUUGAUUUUUUUUCUUUUAGGGAGUCAAGUUCGCGUGGUUACAUUGGAAAUGAUCAUUCUUCUCCUCAAAGAGCUUGUUAUGUAUACAGUGGACAACACUAGGUGUAGUUACCUAGGCGACAGGCACUUGGCUAUGAUUGAGGUAUGAAAACAGCUGACUGAUCUUACGCCUCUCACGUGUGUAUCGUAUUUAGUCGAAUAAGCGCCGCCCAAUUCGGCACGACCCCGGCUUCCUGGCCUCGAUACAAUCCAAAUCAAACGAUGUAAAUCCUGCUAGUUUAAUACGGAAAAAUAAUACCGCAGAUAAGACAAUUCUUCGUCGGGUCCAACUUUCAAAUAAACACCCCCGAAUAAGCGCCAUUUGAGGCAAAAAUUUAAUAAGCGCCGCGUAAAUACGGUAUUCCUGACGGAAGGGCCCAUCGAAUAAAAAUUUUUGCACAAAAAGUCUUCUUUGUGUCGUCACGCAACGGCCCUCGUUCAAGAAGACAGUUGCGUGACGAGACAAAGGACGGCUGCGUGGGACACUGUGCUGAAAAAACUGAAAGAUAAUAUUUGCUGGUAAAGUGGCGUGUUACAAUUGGGUCUUUUUAGUAUACUGCUACACAAGAACUUUUAACUUUACUAGGUUUUUUUAGCGAUGCACAGGUAAGGUUAAUGUAACUUCGGCCUUAUCCACAAAGCGCAUAAGGUUGAUUUCCACUGUCGCGUUUUUGGCUACGCACGGUAACGCACGUAAAUUUUAACCACGUAAGUAAAAUAGAGGCAAGACAAAAAUGUUGAGCUUAAACGAGAGGUUGAGCGACGUUCAACUUUUACAGUUACGAGCGACCUUUCAUGCAUUGCCUCUAUUUUAUUUGCAAACUUUUACUUUUGCGCACGUACGCACGUAAAAAUUACGCGACACUGGAAAUAAACCCUUAAGGACCCCAAAAAACUCAUUUAACCCUUUAAACCCCAAGAUCAAAGUUUGAAUUCUCAUUUGUUGCCCCUAUUCAUUUCCUACAGAAGAAGAGGGGAGAAGUUGUUAAAAUAUCAAACAAAUUCAUCUUGUGUGAUAAUGUCCGUAAUUCUCAUGACCACUCUGUUUUACAAAGCAUUGCUAUUACAAGGAGAAAUUUGAUGCUGAUCACUCUUGGGGAUUAAAAGAGAUCGUGGGUGUGCACGUUUGUGAAUUGUUUGCAAGUGGCACUUCAAGGAUCACUUUUUCACGUCUGUUUUUCAGAACGUUCGCGAGGCCAGCACGUUGCAGUUAAGACAUUACUAUAAGGUAAAAACAAGUUAUUUGUUCUGCUUAUGUUCAUAAAUAUUGUCAUCGUUGAAUUGUCACGUUUAAAACAAAACUGCAGUCAUACUAAAGUAAUGCAUGGCCAACGGUGUUGAUUAAGUUGAGAAACCCGUUGGUCAUUUUAGGUGAAAGGUAGGUGUUAGACUGGGUCGGUGUUAGGUCGGACUGUUGCACUGUUGGACUGUUUUGGGGACAAAUUUGGACCCAGUCUCCCGCACUCGAAGCGAUAGCGUCCUCAAAACAGUCCCAUCGUGCAAUACGGCACAGCAUUACCCUAGUCUCGCGGCUGCCAGCUUUCGGCCGGCUGCCGUCUAAUAACGAACUUAAUUAACGGUGAAGAACAUUAACAAGACGUUGCACAUCGUUUACUUGUAGAGGACGUCAUAGACGUUUAGGUUUGUUUUCUUGGAUAAACUUAAACGUUCUCAGCUCUAAACUCAAAAAAUAAAUUCAUAAAAGGGAUAGGUUGUGGUAGGUCGGAUGAUAGGAUUAGAAGAGAUUUAUUCGUCCUUUGCUGGAAAAGUAUUUUGUGUUACUAACAUGUAGGAAACAACACAGAAUGUUCUAAUUUAUUAUCCCUGAUCCUGUUAUACUUCCCAGUACUCCUGAUAAAUGCAAAUGUGUAUUAUAUUACUGUUAAUGUAGUAUUAUAGGCAGUAUUUCUAUUUCCUCACUCUUUCCUCUUGUCUUGUUUCCUCCACAGGAAGAUGAGAUUUUCUUAGACAUGUUUGAAGAUGAGUAUCGGCAAACCAAGGUGCAAUCAAGUUCAAUGCACAAUUUGACUGCUAUGUCUGAUUCUCUCUUCUCAAAACUUAUUGUGUUAUGUUGCAUUGUAACUGUAAAGAGAACUUAGUUUUUGAUCCUUUCUUGUAGUUGAAGCCGCCCAAUCUGCAGCAUUUGAUGAUGGACGCCACACUGCUACUUCCCAUAACUGGAACACCGCUGACCGGAAUAGAGUUUUAUAAGCGCCUGCCGUGUGGCGAAGUAGAGCACACACGAAGAGUACGUCAAACGCACAUAACGCGUACUUUAUUUUGUUAUUUUGCACAAGUUGUGAAAUAGGAAAACAACCUUUUUCGCUUAGGUCACCUUGUUUUACUUGAGUUUCGCAAGAAUUCUGACCAACUUGAACAAUCAACAGUUGUCAGAACACUGCAUGCAAACUGCGGCAGUAACUUGCUCGGUCGUUAUAAAUCAACUUAGGUCUGUAAACGUCCGGCCCAACUUUCUGAGUGGCCACAGUUUGGAAAUUAUAGCAUUUCUGGGCCCUAUUUCCAUUUAGGUUAUGUAGAAUAAUUGUUAAGAAGUGCGCGCUCACAAUGUGUCAGAAAUCUCACCCGUUCGCUGCGCUCACUCGUUUACUUUUUGGAUACAAAAACUUGCAACGAGUGCGUUAAACCCUGCUAAGGACUUUCUUUGUGUUAUUGUGUAGCAAGUCUUUCUCAUGCCAGAAAAAAAGCAUAGCAGUGAGGUUAUUAAUUAUUCUAAAUUACUUCUUUUGAAGGCGAUUCGUGUUUUCCUGUUGAUGAGAGAUCUUUGCCUUGCCUUGCUGGGAAAGAAUGAGGAACAUCUUCCUUUGUCAAAAGUCGAAAACUCUGUCCACUUGGAAGAUGUUCUAGACCUGAGUAAGUGGAAGGUGCCUUUGUUUUUGUUUACUUUUUAUUUUUUAAUUUAUUGGUUUGGCUGGUAUUGACCAAACUGUACGUGUACACAAAAUGUGAACGUCCUCUAAACUUUACCCUCUGAGAGUUAUUUGUAGAAAUGCAUUCUGAUGAGAUUGAAGCUAUUUAUGAUAGAUGUCACGAAGUGUUCCCCAUGGACAAGUAAUUCUGUGAAUAUGGUCAUAUGGUCAUAUGGGAGUUACAAAAGAAUCGCGUCUAAUAUGAAGUAACCAAGAUCCGAGUUAUGAUCAUUUCUGGACCUAAGUGUUCGGUUUCAAGGUGUCUGCAAGUUUGGAAAGCCUUAGUGUCCACUGGGCUCGUUUUCUGAAAGUUCUUUUUAAAUUUGCCUGCAACAGUUUUGCCCAGAUCAUAUUCCUCUAGGUCUUUGAGGAUGAAUAAGCCCUUAUCUCUACCUAUAUUACAAUUGUGUAUUUUUCGGUUUACAGAUAACAGUGACUUGAUUGCGUGCACGUUGAAGACGGAAGAAAAGUAAGUGUAGUUUUUUUUUACCCAUGUUAUUCCCUUACAUAAAACGUUAAAUGAGCGCAAGCCCUCCAUAUGGGGGAUAUCGUGAGAAGUCACGCGCGAGUGGCACAGGAGAAGAGACAUGAGAGCCUCGCUCCUCGCGGCCUAGCCCCUCCCUCGCGUGGCUGGCUGGAGAGUUUGUUCGCAGGCUGGGUUCACUCUUAAAAUGCUACCUGUCUCCAAGACAUACUUUUACCAAUUUUCACAUACUAGCAAAAAAACAUUUAGCACGUCCAUGCCACUACAAUGGAUUUCUAUUGGCAUAGAAUAAAUUCACCAUUCCCUGUAACUUAAUUGGUAUAAGCGUUCUUUCUGUAUUCCAGGCAACAGCGUCGUUUUCUGGUCAUAGAUGAGGCUCAGUUUAUCCUGGUUGAACCUGACACAACCAAGUUGGGCUGGGGUGUGGUUAAAUUUGUUGCAAGACUCCAGGUUAGUAGGAACAAAUACAUCGUUUUCACUCACGUGCUUAGUGACCAGGGGUUUCAAUAAGUUUUUGACUAUACUUAAGAGUAACAUUUCUCAGGAACACAUGAAACUAAUUUUAAAUUUGAAGAGAAUUAUGUUACAAAAGAGUUCAGUCAAAACCUAUUUUGCUAAAUUUUUGGCAAGAAUUCGAAGCUGAGAUGAAAUUUCUGGUCUUAGUUGACUCGGUGAACAAGCGGGUAAUCGGCCCGUUAACAUGGCUGCCAUUUCGUUGUUUAGUGAGACCAAUAUCUCGGAACACUGUUUUGACGUCAGUUCAGUCUUCACAGGAUUUUUAUCAAUGAAUUUUUUUGGAUCGUCCUUUUCUUUACCUACUGUUUAACUUUGUUGUUUUUGCAUUUUUUUGUGUGUGUGUGUGUUGUUGUUGUUGUUGCUGUUGUUUUUAGUGUGUAGUUCCAGAAAAUAUCCCUACCCCCCCACGGCGGGCAACGGAAAUUUCGAGGGGGGAAUCCAAAAAUAGGCAAUUUCCAAGGGGCUGGGGAGUUGCGUACAGAGGUUUUUGCCAGGGGGUCUAAGUAAGAUUGGUGAGUCAUUAAUAAAUAACAGCUUCUCUGUGUAACUAGCUAUCAGUUAUUUUACCGUUACCGGUGUUUUCAAAACAAGUAUUAUUGUUUGCAUUGAUCAUCUUUCAUCUACGGUCGGCUAAAUACUUUUUUCACGGCUUGGGCGAUAGUUUUCCUUAAUACAAUAGUCAUCGGCUCAUGAAUAAACUUUGGGUUAUCUAGCUGUUGCUGCAUUACACAUUUGAUUCACCGCAAUUUGGUCUGGUUCUGAGCCUUCUUGUAACAUGUUCUAACUUAAAUGAAGUAAUGAAAGUUCACGUGGCGUUUAGUUUGAAUGUAACUGGUUCUUUUGCACAUGACUUUUAUCGGGUAGUCAGUAGUGUAGCUAAGAACGUUCUUGAGUUUAUUAGACCCUAAUUAACAUGAAUGAAAAGAAUUUUUCUCUUUUUAUCGCAGAAAAAUUAUCUUUUGCAUAAUGAUAUAGUGCAACAACAUUUUUGACACUAUCCUUUCCAGAGGGUACCCAACCAAUGUAAAAUUUACGGAAAUUCCAGGGAAGGGGGGGGGAGGGUAUGACAAGCACCCUCAGGAAUGGAAAUUCCAGGGGGAUAGGGGGGUCUAAAGCAAAAGUGCCCUCCGGGGGGUAUGGAUAUUUUCUGGAGCUACACAUUCAGCUACGCCCAUCCGUCUCAACUUACCUAAUAAGUAAUUAGUACAUGGACUUUUACAAUUCAGUCUCUUCGGAUGCAGUGGUAAUUGUAGAUUGUGUUUGUUGUUUAUAUCAGGAUGUGGAGACAGCACCUGAUAAAGAAGACAGUCGCUCUUUAUUUAUCACCAUUCAUCAACCCAGCUCGGGUCGCAGCCUGACCAAAGUCCGCUCGCGUCCCAUUCUUUUCGCCAAAUUCAUCUUUGAUGACUACAUUCGCUGCAUGUCUGCUAAACAGCGCCUGCAAAGAAGACGGACAAUGCUGAGGCAACAUAAACUACACUGCAUAGCACAGCUGUUAGAGCUACCAGCCAUGGCUUCACCGCCGUCUCAUUACUAUUCUAUCACCCCGCCAGCUUAUGUUAAUCUGGGUCCGGGACAACUUGAGUCACCAACAGACUCUCAAACAAACGAGUCCGCUGACGAGCCCGUUGGCCUACAAGUGCAGUCUGCUGAGCAUGCGCAAUCGUCUGGUAAUACGUCACAGGAGUCUACCCAGGCUUCGCUUGUUGGAGCCAUAGCAACGCCAGAGCAGUGUUUGUCUCCAGUUAAUGCUCCAGGCAAACGCUCGACUUCUCAAGCGGAGGCGCUUGCGAAUGUUCUAGAACAAUCACCUCCUCCUAAAGGCGAUGAUAAACAACUUUCCACAUCAGUAGAGGAGGCUAAAGAGGCUAUCGAAAUGGAAAAUACUAAUAAAACGGUUCAGAAUAUCCAAGAAAACAUUUGCUCUGAACAUUUUUCGCCUGAUGAACAUACAUCCCGGUCUCGCUCGCACUCGGUAGAGAACAUAGAGCAUUAUACUGUCAGAAGAAAUCCCGUGUCGCGCUCUGCCCCUGCCACCCCUCGUGGGGACAGACGUACUGUGUCAAUCAUACAACAAGGUGAUGCGUUAGUGGGAUUGAAUACCAACUCAAUGUCUGAGCCAGCGAUAUUUUUUGCUGGUCAGUGGGAGCCCCCUACAGCGCAUGCAAAACCACCCGAGAGAAGAACAAAAAAGACUGGGGCCAAAAAAAGUAAAGGCAAAGGAAGACAGCGAAAGAGAUAAACAAUUCUUAACCACCAGUUAAGAAAUUAGCAGUUAAUAAUAAAUAAAUUAUUACAUCAAACUUCAAGGAAACUCCAGAAAUAUCGCAGAUAUUUAUUCGAAAUUACUACUACGAGGUAUAUCAGAUUUCAAGACAACUACUUUAUAGAAAGAAUAAUUUUAAUGUCAUAUUUUAAUUGACUUUAACUAACACGCUCGAUUGUUGGGUUACAUUUAAGUGUAAAUAUUAUAUUUGAACGAAAGAUAUAAGCAAGGAGUCAUAAGAAGUUUAUUGAAGUAGUGAUUUUACUCAGUAGCAUAGCUGAUUGGUAGAAGUUUUCAACCUAUUAUUACGUAAGAUGUAAAGAGAAUUUCCUGUGUUUUUAGAGAUGUCAACAGUCGUUUUGUUAUACGGAAAAUUUCUCUCGAUACUUGCAAUUUUAGGAACGAAUUAACAGUAUUUUGUGCCGUUAAGUUCUAGGUGUUUAGUAGGAACGCUGAAGAAAUUUACUUCCUAAGCGUCCUUCUUUUUGCCUUGAACAAAAACUUGUUUCAAAUUCUAAACUUUAAGAGUUUCGGUGGGUGGAGAAUGUCAGUUCCCAGUGUAUUCUUUCGCUCACAGCCUGCAGGUUAUCUCCAAUGGUGAGAAUGGAUAUAACGAAUUCGCGUUUAUUUUUGUAGAAUUCGAUAAUGCCUUUUAUAUUUGAGUUACGGCGAACCGCCCACCCUCAUCCGAUUUUUGAUACCAGAAGAUCUUUGUUUUGAAACGGUUUGCAAGCUGAUAGUUGGUGAACAGAAAUUAUUGUAGGGUUUUUGUAAUCACUAUUUUUUGCGCCUUGUGCAUUGCAUCAUCCUGUUAUUCAAACCUUUGGUUAAGGCUUGGCAAAAAUUACCAAACUCUUUGAGUAAAGGUAAUGUUUGGUGCUUUUUUCAGUUUAUAAGUGACUGAUCUAUCAAAUAUAGUGCCAAUACGACGUAACAGUAAGUAAUAGAAUUCAGUAUUAUGAAUUGCGAAUGAAACCUAAAGAAGAAUUACAGUUAGUUAAUUUUGAAAAUAUUGCAUCCUCUACUCUUCAGAUUAGAGUAAAGUUGCUCUUUGAAAAUAU